CUGAUCUAGAAUCUGAUCGCGGUCUGUGAAAUAAAUAACAAAGUCUCUCAUCUCAGGCUUAACAAACAGAGUUUUCACUAAUCCUGAUUUCUGAAACAGGAGGUGAGAUGAAUUUGGAGAAGUACUUCAAAAGAAUUGGUUUCCAUGGCUCAUAUGAUAAACUGGAUCUUGCAACACUGAAGUUGAUCCACAAACAGCACGUCAUGUCAGUUCCAUUUGAAAACCUCAGCAUUCACUGUGGUGAGAGGAUCACCAUGGACCUUGAGGUCAUUUUCAACAAGAUAGUGAGGAGCAGCCGUGGGGGUUGGUGCCUUGAGAACAACUUCCUGUUUGGAUGGGUGCUGAGAAAAAUGGGCUAUGACACUACGAUGUUGAGCUCCCGAGUUUUCAACAGUAUCCUCAAUGACUUUAGUCCCCUCGACUCUCAUCUCAUCAACAAGGUUGUCAUUGAUGGAAAGGCUUAUGUAGCGGAUGUAAGCUUUGGGGUGUCUUCCCAAGUGCGGGAGCCCCUGGAGCUUGUCUCUGGAAAGGACCAACCUCAGGCAGGAGGUGUCUUUCAUCUCAUAGACAAGGAGGACAUCUGGGUUCUGGAGAAGACUUGUAGGAAGCCAGAGGUCCUCAAUCCAGACUUUGCCAAAUCCAGUCUGGUGAACAGGAAAGAAACAAAGCAGAUCUACAGCUUCACCUUGGUGCCUCGUGAGGCCGAUCAUUUCUUUGACAAUAACCACAAGCUCCAGACAGAUUCUUCUUCACUGUUCACUAAUAAGUCCAUUUGCUCUUUGCAAACCCCAACAGGAUUCAGAGCUCUUAUUGGCUGGACCUACAGUGAGGUCACCUACAAACCUGAGCAAGGUGUUGAUGUCUUAGACAUGAGGGACAUAACAGAUGAUGAGAUAGAGCGAAUUCUGAUGGAAAAGUUUAAUGUAAAGCUGAAGAACAAACUAAAGCCUGUAAGCAACAAAUCAUGGUACACUCUCUGAAAUCCUGCACUCAUCAUCUUUUUCACCACCGUGUUUCACUGUGGGUUUGAUACACAGCUGUAUGAUUCUCUUUCCUGUUUGUCUCCUUACAAUCACCCUACAAGUGGUGGAAUUUAACUAUGUAAUCAUGUAAUGGACAAUUUUGAGUUACUUGUCAGGGUUCGACAUAAGAGAUGGCCCGAGGCCAGUAAAAAUGUAGGUCGGGCAAGUUGAUUGGCCAGUUACUCUGUCCACAUCGGAAAUCAGCUGCCUCGCUGCCUACAUCUUACGCUGUCUCCAAAGGCAACACUGUAACUGUUGGGUGUCUUAAAGUUCUCCAUGUCUCCUGGCUGCUCUGCUUCAACUCCUUUAAUUUACGGAGUUUGCUGAUGAACAGUUACUUGUUGCUGAAGAAGGGGGAAAAUGUUAAUGUUGGACACUGCUUGUACUUGUAGUAUUUCUAUUUUCUGCUAUUUUAUACUUCUACUCCACUACAUUUAUUUAAUAAGUUUUGUUACUAUUUAGUUUGCAGAUU